AUGAUUGGCAGGAGACGCGGCCAUAGUGGUGACCUCGGACGCCACAAUACGCUAGAGGGCUCUUGGUUUACUCUGCUUUUCCACCGUCAAGAUCCACGCGAUAUCAUCUGGCUUCUCGUGCUUCGCAUCACCAUCCGUACUCGUCCACAUGCCCAUCUUUUUGUGCUGUUUAUACGCUCUCAUUUGCGUGAACGUCACCCCCGUGCUCUUCCAACGAGCAGCGCCUGA